CCUCUUCCUUAUAUGUGUAUAGACCAUUUAUAAUUUUAAGGAUGUCACCUCGACCUCGAAAGAAUCAAAUAACAUAUUUUAACAUUAUGGUAGUAGGCUUUUCUGGUGUAGGGAAAACAUCAUUUAUACGAACUUUACUCGAAACUCUUUCACUUGAACAACAACUAGAAGACGAGAUAGUAUCGACAAAAAAUAUGAAACGUCGUGAUUCAUUUAUGAGCGAAAAUUCCUCUAUUAUCUUUCAUGAACAGCCACAGGGACCAAUUGAAAAGACUUUACAGCCUUAUACUAUUUCUAAAGAAAUUAUAAACAUAGAUGCUAUUCAUCAUAAAAAAGAACGUAUCAUGUUAACUCUUAUCGAUACACCUGGUUUUAGUGCCGAAUAUUUAGUAGAUAAACAACUUCAUGAUAUCAUUAAAUAUAUUGAACAUCAGUUUGAUUUGACUUUGGCAGAGGAGUCUAAAGUAAAACGUAAUCCAAAGGCAGUAGAUACUCAAGUUCACUGCUGUCUUUAUUUUAUCGAUCCAAAAAAGACAGAAUUAAAUGAAUAUGACAUUCGUAUUCUAAGAAAACUUUCAAAGCGUGUGAACAUAAUUCCUGUUAUUGGUAAAGCGGAUAAUUUAACUCUAGCGCAACGAAAUCGAUUAAAGCCUUCGAUAAUGAGAGAUAUCUAUACAACUCAUAAAAUCCCUAUUUAUGGUAUGCCUGAAGAAGAAGAAGAUGACGACUACGACAACGACAACGACAACGAACUAAACAAAAAAGUAAAGACAAAUGAACGAGAAACAUCUCUAGAUCAAUUUCUUUCUGGAUUCAAUUAUGAAAAAGAGGAUAACGAGACAAAAUCAAUAUUGGAUUAUCUUCGUAUUGUUCCGUUUACAUUUAUUGCCUAUGAAGAUGAUCCAGAGACAGGCAACCCUAUCGAUACCCAUAAUCCUCAGAUUAAACUAGGUCGUGAUUUUGGAUGGGGCAUUAUUGAUUGUUUAAAUGAUAAAUUUAGUGACUUUAUUAAGCUUAAACAUAUUUUACUAUCAUCACAUAGGCAAUAUUUACAGUUAGAUACUGUAGAAAGAUACUAUGAACAAUAUCGUACCGAAAGGCUAAUGUAUAAAAGAGCCACAAGAAUUGGCUUAGCCUCUGCUGCUACUUCUCCUCAUUAAAAUAAAGCAUAUAAUACAUACUGAUAGAAUAGCAUUUAUAUCCCUUUUUUUUUUAUUCUUCUAUACAUAUAUAUAUAUAUAAAAAUGCAUCUACAUCAGUAUUUUUAAAACUAAUAUCAUCUGUUUUAUUUUAUCAUAUCCCCAUCUAUAAAAUUAGUAUCAUAUACAGCUGUUCGUGUUUUGAG